GCCUUGCACAUUAUACCGUUGCUGAUCAGAUGCUUUUAGUGUACUUGCGAAGCACCUAUUCAAACCAAGUCUUGCAUGCAAGCACUUGCAGGCAGCGGAGAUGACUAGCAGAGUUGACUCCUCAGUGAUCGUACAGUGAAGUCUGAAGGCUGGGAUAUACAUAGUGCGGGGGUUGCUCAGUUGCUCGUCGAUGUCAGCUCUGUCUGUGCCGCAUCUUCCUCUCCUUAAUAUCCCUCGACGCGACGUCAUUCAUCUCACCCGCACAUCCACAACCUCACUCGAGUAAGUCAUCCAGCUCACAUCCUCUCUCUCCCCAUCUCCUGGACUAAUACCUCGCCAGCGUAAACGGAUCUUUGCUCCCUAGGAACCCCCGCAGCCUCCCCUUCGGAAGCCGGUCGCAAUCCAGCUCAGCUAGAGAUUAUCACAGUAGCCAGUGAGAAUUAGAGCUAGGUGAUCGACCACGGUACGACUAUCAAAGAGACUUGUCUUCCUGGGCUGGUCGACGGUAGGGCCUUCCUAACCGAGAACGACAUCAUACUUUUUCCAAGCUGAUUAUAUUUCGACGCAUUCAAUUACUGUUCAAGAGAGUGCGGUCACUUCGUGUCGUGAGACACGUCUGCAGGGAAAAUGUCCGACGCCUCAGAUCGCGAACACAGCAGCACAGCCAUGAGCAUCCUGGAGUUCGUUGGUGAGCUGAUGAUUCUUCAUCUGCAAGUUCUUCUUGUCAGCAUGGAGGCCUUCCUAAAGUGGCUAAUCCCCAGUAGUCUGAGGUCCAAGUCUCUUGAGGGCGAGACCAUGCUUAUCACGGGUGCCGGCAGCGGCAUCGGCCGGCUCUUCGCGAGGAAGUUCGCAGCGUUAGGAGUAAGGGUCGUGUUAUGGGACAUCAACGCCUCUGACGUUGAAGAAACAGCAAAGCUCGUACGUGUCAACGGUGGGAAGGCCUGGUGGUAUGUUUGUGACGUAACCGAGAUGGCAAAGGUCAACGAGACUGCGCAGAGAGUGAGAGAGGAGGUUGGCGAUGUCACCAUGCUGGUCAACAACGCGGGAAUCGUGACAGGAAAAUACUUCCAGGAUCUGAACGAAGAGGACUUCCAUAAGACUUUGAAUGUGAAUUCUCUGGCUCAUGUUUGGACCCUGAAGGCAUUCCUCCCCAACAUGCUAGAGAGGAAUCACGGCCAUAUCGUCACCGUCGCCAGCAUCAUGGGGGAAAUCGUCGUACCCGGGUUGAGCGACUACUGCAUGAGCAAAUUCGCUGCUGUCGCUCUCCACGAAAGUUUACUACGCGAGGCCCGGGCUCAGGGAAAAGACGGGGUCCACUUCACACUGAUCAAUCCGUACAAGAUCGACACGGGAAUGUUCAACGGAGCAACGAUCAAAAAGUCAGCGCAGCUCCUGUUCCCAACUCUUAAACCCGAGUUCGUCGCUGACAAGGUUGUGGAAGCAGUCCAAACUAACCGAGACGUGGUCAGGACACCAUUCAUCUUCAAUAUGGUUGUCGUCCUCACAAAAAUGCUACCUCUGAAGGCUAAUCUUCUCUUGGAAGAUUUUUUGGAAAACGAAAAGGUGAUGAAGAACUUUGUUGGACGUAGAGGGCAGAAGGCUGUAGAGCAAACUGGUGCAAAGAUUGAGUGAUACCUACUCAUUGUGAGAUACAGUACGGUACCUUUUUAGGACCCACAUAAAUCCAUAAUCUGGCACAUGUAAUUUUUCAAUAAACUUGCUGCAAGCCGAAGAUGACGUGUCCCCGAAUUUAUACGCCCGGCUGUGAUACGAGUGCGUUCAUAACGCCAUCUUCGGCAGCUUGAAGCAAGGUUAGGGAAUAUUAUAGAGAUAAAAAUGAGAACCGGCCAUAUUCUGAACAUGGCACCCACAAGUAACUCAUCCGCUCGCAAUGCAUUCUAGUGAGUUGAUAUUCUCGAAAGUUGAUAUAAUAAUUGUCCCCAUUAAAUUUUAAGAACGUUAAUGAUCUGAAGCCAGUAAUGCAUAUGCUUCUCAAUUUUACCCUGGGGUCAAAGUAAAGCUUGUCUUGUACUCUGAAAGUGUUAAAUGUAUUUUCAUGUGUUCCCCACUGUUUCAGUCUUCGAAUCGGCUAGAGUUGUGUUUUCAGGCUUAACAGAUUUUGUUUGAGCCCAGAAAAAAAUCAAAAUAAGGGACCUCACCUCAUUCAGGAGAUUUUUUUAUAUCCUGUCACUUCUCUGAGCCCCUCUGCACUAAUUUGGCCAGGAGGGAUUAGACCUCCCUGCAUGGUCGCUGACAGGUGGUUAUCUCAUCAAAUCAGCUCUCAAUUAACAUAAGUAAAAAGGGGCCAUG